UCCCAUCACCGUUCGUCAGCUGUGGCAUGCCUGUAAAAGUUUGUUUGUAAACCUUGUCGAUAGCUGUGGACAAUUGGAAGAAACCAUGUGGCUCCAGCAGGUAGUUCUGAGGGGUGUCCAGGUUGUUGGCAGGAGGGGUGUGUGUUCUACAGUCAGUAAUGGGAAACUCCCGCUGCACUUCAACUACAUCAAUGGAGAAAGGGUAUCACCUCUGAACCCUGACCCCACACAGGUCAUGAAGGUGUUGGAACCUGCGACAGGAGAUCUACUGAUCGAGCUAGAGACAUCCGGCCCUGACGAGGUGAACAGAGCUGUCCAGUCUGCCAAGGAGGCCUUUACCGAGUGGAGUCAGCUGACAGGCCUGCAGAGGGGCCGGAUCAUGCAGAGGGCAGCACAGAUCAUCAAGGACAGACAGGAGGAGUUUGCGUACUGGGAGACCAGGGAUACGGGGAAGCCGAUCUACGAGGCCAGGAUGGACAUCUGGACAGCUAUAGAUGCUAUUGAGUACUUCUCUGGGCUAGCUCCUACAAUCGCAGGUCAACAUGUUCCCCUUGCCAAUGGUUCGUUUGCCUACACCAAGAAAGAGCCCCUGGGUGUGUGUGCCGGGAUAGGGGCAUGGAACUAUCCUAUACAGAUGGCAGGGUGGAAGUCAGCGCCGGCACUGGCAUGUGGCAAUACGUUUGUUUUCAAGCCAUCCCAGUUCACCCCCAUCACAGCAGUGAUGUUAGGAGAGGUGUACACAGAGGCAGGACUGCCCCAUGGCUGCUAUAAUGUAGUACAGGGUGCAGGGGAGACGGGGACACUGCUGUGUGAACAUCCUGAUGUAGCCAAGGUCUCCUUCACUGGCAGUGUGCCCACAGGCUCAAAGGUGAUGGCAGCUGCAGCAGGUGGCAUUAAGACGGUGACGUUAGAACUGGGAGGGAAGUCUCCUCUCAUCGUGUUUGCUGAUGCUAACCUGGACAACGCUGUGGGCGGGGCCAUGCUGGGCAACUUCCUGUCUCAGGGAGAGGUGUGUUCCAACGCGACCCGUGUGUUUGUGGAGAACUCGGUGAUGGACCAGUUCCUGGCCAAGCUGGUGGAGCGCACCGGGAGGAUGAAGGUCGGUGACCCCAUGGAUGACGACACGCGCGUGGGCGCCAUGAUUCACCAGGACCAGGCAGACAAGGUCAUGACCUACCUGGAUGGAGCCAAGAAGGAGGGUGCAGUAGUAGCCUGUGGAGGUGAGUUGGUGACCCCGGAUGACCCCAGGCUGAAGGGUUGCUACAUCUCGCCCUGUGUUCUCACCAACUGCCACGACAACAUGACCGUGGUGCGGGAGGAGGUGUUUGGCCCCGUGGUCUCCAUCCUGGGGUUCGACACGGAGGAGGAGGUCGUACAGAGGGCAAACAACACAGAGUUUGGACUCGCGGGGGGAGUUUUUACAAAUGACUUGACGAGAGCUCACCGCGUGAUCGCCCAGAUGCAGGCUGGGACAUGUUACAUCAACAACUUCAACAUCAUUGACGUGGCCGUGCCGUUCGGCGGAUUUAAGAAGUCCGGCCUGGGCAGGGAGAACGGGCUAGUUACUGUAGAGUACUACACUCAGGUCAAGACUGUGUAUGUGGAGAUGGGAGAUGUAGAUGCUCCAUUUUAAGAGAAUGACUUUUCUUCCACAGACAACAUUCUAUCUCUUUUCAUACAUUUUGGAAAGGGUCCAAUACGUUAACACCAAAUCCCUGUGACUUUCGCAAAUUUUUGUGCUGAGCAUCACUUCAAAACAUUUGCUCACUAUUAAAUUGCAGAUCAUUCAUGCAUAAUACUAGGACUUGUUUUCUUGGCACUGUCACAAUCACACCAGGACUGGAAAAACUUCUGAGAGAUGUACUUAUCAUUGCUUGCAGGAAUUGGUAGUAAAGACAGUCAAGUUUUGAACAAGAUUAUACGCAGUGAUGGGGAGUUUUGGGGAAAGAAUAAGUCUGUGAAGACUUUAAAACUCUAAGGAGAUUGAAAUGUACCAGUGUGUCAUUGUUUUAGAAUGGCAGACAAUUGAUUGUUAAAGUCCGCACUGAAUGACAAGUUUUAAGGAAACAACAACAUGAGACAUAAUCUUUCAAUGGCUUGAUGAUUGUUUGUAAAGCACAGAAGAGAAAAUCUUUGUGGUGAUAAGAAAUUACAGCCUUUCUCCUGUAAAUCAUGACCAGAAAUUAUUGCAGAUCACCUUGCAAAAUGAUUAGCAAUAUCUGAGUUGUAUAAUGUUAUGUUGCCAACCUGUAGUAUAGGAAAAUUAUACCCUGGUAGUCAACAUUCAGGGACUGUGUGAAAUUAAAGAAUAUCAGAGGUCA